AUGGCUAGGGGCAAGAUUGUGAUUAGGAGGAUUGAGAAGAUGAGCAGCAGACAGGUCACCUUCUCCAAGCGGCGUCAUGGCCUGAUGAAGAAGGCACAUGAGCUGGCAAUCCUCUGUGAUGUCCAGGUCGGUGUCAUCGUCUUCUCCUCCACCGGUCGCCUCUACGAGUAUGCCAGCUCCACCACCACCACCACCACGGGCAUGCCUUCCAUCAUUUAUAAGUACCAAUCUGCACAGGAGAACCACCAGCUGUUGAAUCCAGUGUCACAAAUCAUGGAAGCUAAUGGGGGAGAGAUUAUCAAACCUAGGAGUCAACGACUUGUGUUUAUUGGAAAAUCAACUAGAGAAGAGCUUACGUUGUAUUAG